AUGCGGGCCGCCUGGCUCCUCGGCGCGCUGGUGGUACCCCAGCUCCUGGGCUUCAGUCAUGGAGCUCGGGGAGCUGAGAGGGAGUGGGAGGGGGGCUGGGGUGGCGCCCAGGAGGAGGAGCGGGAGAGGGAGGCCCUGAUGCUGAAGCAUUUACAGGAAGCGCUGGGGCUGCCUGCUAGGAGGGGAGAUCAAAAUCCCGAGGGAAACUCUGAAGGCAGGGGGGCCUGGGCGACCGAGGAGGACGGGCAGGGGGAGGAAGGCGAGGAGGAACCCACACCGACCCCCUACGUCAGCCCCAGUCCCUCUCCCACCCCGGAGGACGCCAUCACUUAUAUCCUGGGUCGCCUGGCCGGCCUGGACGCAGGCCUGCACCAGGUGCACGUCCGUCUGCACGCGCUGGACACCCGCGUGGCCGAGCUUACUCGGGGGCUGCGGCAGCUGAGGGAAGUGGCGGGCGACACCCGCGACGCCGUGCAAGCCCUGCAGGAGGCGCAGAGCCGCGCCGAGCGCGAGUAUGGCCGCUUAGAGGGCUGCCUGAAGGGGGCGCGUCUUGGCCACAAGUGCUUCCUGCUCUCGCGCGACUUCGAGGCUCAGGCUGCGGCGCAGGCGCGGUGCGUGGCGCGGGGCGGGAGCCUGGCUCAGCCCGCUGACAGUCGGCAGAUGGAGACGCUCACCCGCUACCUGCGCGCGGCGCUCGCCCCCUACAACUGGCCGGUGUGGCUGGGUGUGCACGACCGGCGCGCCGAGGGCCUCUACCUCUUUGAGAACGGCCAGCGCGUAUCCUUCUUCGCCUGGCACCGCGCCCCCAGCCCUGAGCCCGGCUCCCGGCCCAGCGCCGCGCCGCACCCGCUCAGCCCCAACCAGCCCAAUGGCGGCGUGCUCGAGAACUGCGUGGCUCAGGCCUCGGACGAUGGCUCCUGGUGGGACCACGACUGCGAUCGGCGCCUCUACUACGUCUGCGAGUUCCCCUAUUAG